AUGGCUUCUGACUCAGAAGACGACGUUUACAAUGACCGAUUUGUUCGCAAUUUAUUAGAUAGUGACGAUGACUCAGAUGAUUCUUUCGAUGGGUUUGACCCUGUUCGACCACGAAGAAACUAUAACAUUCUUCUAGAGACGCCAUUGUCGGUCUUUGGGCCUGAAAACAACGUGGAGAUCGAGGCAGAUCGGGAAGCAGGGUGGACUGGAAAUGAAACCUUUUCAACUGUGAUGUCAUUCAAUGGUGGUGGGACGUUAAACGUUGAGAUGGACUCGCACAAUCCCAAUGACUAUAUGAAAUUGUUCAUUGACAACGAUUUUUUUGAGGUCAUGUGUAAUGAGACCAAUGCGUAUGCAACAAACCGGAUGGCAAACCAGGAACUGGCAACCCACAGUCGAAUGCGGAAAUGGGAGGACGUCACCCCUAGCGAAAUGAAGGUCUUCUUCACCCUGGUCAUCGCCAUGGGACUAGUCUACAAGUCGGACCUAGAUGAUUAUUGGACUACAGAUUAUGUCACAGAAACUCCAUUCUUCUCCAGAUCUAUGUCAAGGGACAGAUUCCUGAAUAUCCUGUCCAACUUCCAUAUUUCAACUGAUGAAGAUCGGACUGAUAAGCUAAGACAGAUCCGCCCCAUGAUUAUCCGGACAAUGCAGCGCUUCUCUGAAGUGUACAUCCCUGACGAAAACCUCAGCUUUGAUGAGGCAACUUGUCCUUGGAAGGGUCGAUUGAAUAUAAAGGUGUACAAUAAAAACAAACCUGCCAAGUUUGGUGUAAAGUUGUACACUGUUUGUGAAGCAGGUAGUGGAUACUGCUUGGGUUACGACAUUUACGCAGGACGCCAAGAAAAUCGACAUGCCCCGGACUACUAUGAGGCCUAG